AUGUCGGACGGUAUGUACUCAACACCCCUACUGACGAGAGAAGUGCUGACAUCCCUCCCAGCCGACUUCGAGACCGUGCGGCGUCUGCAGGCGGAGCGCAACUCACAAGCCGCAGGCAAAAAAGGUUCAAAGGCCUUCGACCCCUCAAGUCAGCGAACUGACUCGUCAACUAAGGCGUCUGUGACUGAGAGCUUCGACACCACUCUCUACGAUCGAGAUGGCGGCGAUAGGUACUCCGGGUACCUCACCUCCCUUCCCGCGGAAGGCGAAGACGACGAGAUGCCCGAUGCCGACGAUAGCCGGAGACUCGUCGGACAAUACACGGCCACAAAGGAUCAGAUGAAUGAGUUCGCGACCGGAGGUGCGGAAGAAGAGGAUAUUUUGCUUGGCCGUGAGAAGUCCGCCAGAAUAGCAGACCGCGAGUCUGACUACCAGAAGCGAAGAUUUGAUCGAGGCCCGCUCACUCCCACCCGAGCCGAUCCCUUCGCUGCCAACAAACAUGCCGCUGUCACAGACGGCGCCACCUACCGUGAGGUUAUGCAGUUACAAGACCUUGAGCGCGAGGAAGAACGGGUCAAGAAACUCAUUGCUGACAAGCAGGCCGCGGGUGAUGACUCUGUAGAACAUAAACCCACUUUGAAGGAAGAAGCAGACAAGGAGAAUGCCGAUGCUGGGUCGACUGUCGAAGCCACAGGCCGUAAACGAAAGAAGAGGUGGGAUGUCUCCAGCGAGUCCACCCCUGCGCCAAACGAUGCCGAAGCAAAGAAGCGUUCAAGAUGGGACCAAGCCCCUGGACCCGAUACCGCGCCAGCGCCAACCAAACGCUCGAGGUGGGAUCAGGCCCCUGCGCUUGGUUCCGCUACGCCUAUGGGGAAUGCUGGAAUGGCUACACCAGUUCCAGGAACGUUCGGAGAGAUCUCCGCCCGGAACGCGCCGUGGUCAGACGAAGAGCUUGAUAUGAUGCUUCCCACGGAGGGCUACACCAUUCUGGAACCACCACCUGGGUAUGCACCUCUCCGGCAUAUUGCGAGGAAAGCAAUGCCUACGCCUGCACAAGCAGCCAGUACAGCAGGCCUUGGUGGCUUUAUGAUGCAAGAACCAGAAAAUCCAAGGAUGAUGGGCAAACAACUGCCGACCGAAAUUCCUGGCGUUGGAGAUCUUCAAUUCCUCAAGGCCGAGGACAUGACCUAUUUCGGAAAGCUGGUCGACGGGGCAGACGAGAAUGCCAUGUCGGUCGAAGAAUUGAAAGAACGGAAAAUCAUGCGUCUCUUGCUCAAGGUCAAGAAUGGAACGCCAUCUAUGCGGAAGACUGCCCUUAGACAACUGACGGACAACGCCAGGCAGUUCGGAGCCGGACCCCUGUUCAAUCAAAUCCUACCGCUGCUAAUGGAAAAGACAUUGGAGGACCAAGAACGGCAUUUGCUCGUCAAAGUUAUUGACCGUGUCCUCUACAAGCUCGACGACCUGAUCAGACCUUAUGUCCAUAAGAUUCUGGUCGUCAUCGAACCGCUCCUCAUCGACCAAGACUACUAUGCCCGCGUCGAGGGUCGAGAAAUCAUCUCGAACCUCGCCAAAGCCGCAGGUCUGGCGCAUAUGAUUAGCACAAUGAGACCAGAUAUCGACCACGUGGAUGAGUACGUUCGAAACACGACGGCUAGAGCAUUUGCUGUCGUCGCUUCGGCUUUGGGCAUUCCCGCCCUCCUUCCCUUCCUGCGCGCGGUGUGUCGGAGCAAGAAAUCAUGGCAGGCUCGCCACACUGGUGUCAAGAUUGUCCAGCAAAUCCCUAUCCUGAUGGGUUGCGCUGUGUUGCCACAUCUGAAAGGCCUUGUCGACUGCAUCGCUGACAACCUCAGUGAUGAACAGGCUAAAGUGAGAACAGUUACUUCCCUGGCGAUUGCUGCUCUUGCCGAAGCUGCCAAUCCUUAUGGUAUUGAGAGCUUCGAUGAUAUCCUCAACCCGCUGUGGACCGGGGCACGAAAGCAACGUGGCAAAGGACUGGCAGGUUUUCUGAAAGCAGUCGGAUACAUCAUCCCCCUCAUGGAUGAAGAGUACGCCAACUACUACACCAGCCAGAUCAUGGAGAUCCUGCUCCGAGAAUUUGCCUCGCCCGAUGAGGAGAUGAAAAAGGUCGUGUUGAAAGUCGUAUCCCAAUGCGCGAGCACCGACGGCGUCACGGCCGGUUAUCUCAAGGAACAUGUACUGCAAGAAUUUUUCAAGUCCUUCUGGGUUCGCAGAAUGGCGCUGGACAAGAGAAACUAUAGGCAGGUUGUCGAAACCACGGUCGAUCUCGGCCAAAAAGUCGGCGUGAGCGAGAUCGUUGAGCGUAUCGUGAACAACCUAAAGGACGAAAGUGAGGCCUAUCGCAAGAUGACUGUGGAGACGAUUGAGAAAGUCGUCGCCUCGUUGGGUGCAGCAGACAUUGGCGAGCGUCUAGAAGAACGGCUCGUGGAUGGCAUCUUGCACGCCUUCCAAGAACAGAGCAUCGAGGACGUGGUCAUGCUCAACGGCUUCGGCACUGUGGUUAAUGCGCUCGGAACGCGGUGUAAGCCAUACCUCCCCCAAAUCGUCAGCACAAUCCUGUGGAGGUUGAACAACAAGUCCGCCACGGUACGCCAACAAGCUGCAGAUCUCAUCUCACGGAUUGCAAUGGUCAUGAAACAGUGCGGCGAAGACGCCCUCAUGGGCAAGCUUGGUGUUGUGUUGUACGAGUACCUGGGCGAAGAAUAUCCCGAAGUCCUCGGCUCAAUCCUAGGCGCAUUACGAUCCAUCGUCACCGUCGUGGGCAUCAAUCAGAUGCAGCCACCUAUCAAAGACCUGCUGCCACGAUUGACGCCGAUUCUGCGAAAUCGCCAUGAGAAGGUCCAAGAAAACACGAUCGACCUGGUUGGCAGGAUUGCAGACCGGGGGCCAGAAAGUGUCAAUGCCCGGGAGUGGAUGCGCAUCUGUUUUGAGCUUCUGGAUAUGUUGAAAGCACACAAAAAAGGCAUCCGCCGCGCUGCAAACAACACAUUCGGCUUUAUCGCGAAGGCCAUUGGUCCUCAGGAUGUUCUCGCCACACUCCUUAACAACCUCAGAGUGCAAGAACGACAAUCGCGCGUCUGCACGGCUGUAGCGAUCGGCAUUGUUGCAGAGACCUGCGCGCCGUUCACCGUCCUCCCCGCGUUGAUGAACGAAUACCGCGUGCCUGAGCUGAACGUGCAAAAUGGCGUGCUGAAGUCCCUGAGCUUCCUCUUCGAAUAUAUCGGUGAAAUGGCAAAGGAUUACGUCUACGCGGUCACACCCCUUCUGGAAGACGCACUUAUUGACCGCGAUCAAGUCCACAGACAGACGGCUGCCAGUGUCGUCAAGCACGUCGCACUCGGCGUGGUAGGAUUAGGUUGUGAAGACGCCAUGGUCCACCUGCUCAACCUUCUCUACCCCAACCUGUUUGAGACGUCGCCUCACGUUAUCGACCGAAUCAUCGAAGCCAUCGAAGCCAUCCGCAUGGCCGUGGGGACCGGAAUCGUCAUGAACUACGUCUGGGCCGGUUUGUUCCAUCCCGCGAGGAAGGUCCGCACCCCGUACUGGCGCCUGUACAAUGACGCGUAUGUGCAUAGUGCGGACGCGAUGGUACCGUAUUAUCCGAACAUGAAGGACGAGGGGUUACCCAGGGAUGAGUUGUAUAUCAUGGUGUGA